UCUGCUCCAGCGCUUCGACACUCCAGCGGACCAGGGCUACAGGCAUUCUCCCGUUCUGAUAUGAUGGCUCAUGUUGUAUUCGUGUCUGUCUCACCUGACAAUUACGAGCGGCUGUUGCGGUGAGCGGCACACUGGCCUAAAUGCACAGUCGAGACACAACUUACAGACGAAGCCACUACUUGUCCAGGACCCCUCAACUGGGGGUUUGACCAUAAACCCUAGCUCUUCUUCAGUCGAAGGACAUGUACCUGCUCAUCCUCGCCGUCCCCCUGGCCUGGACUUUAGUGCUCACGAUCCACCUCCUCAAGAACCUACGCACGCUUCUAGGUCUGCUACGAUGGACACUGUGGACGUACCUAUUCGUCUUCGCCAUGCUCAUGUCCGAGGUCGUGCGCGAGGGCCUCACGACCAACGGUGACCACGAGAUCGUCCAGGACAUGGGAUUCUGGUGGUUCCUGUGGACCCUGCUCGUCGUCUUCGGUGCCCUGGUCCCCUGGGCGCUCUUGCCCGCGACGUUGCUGCCAUUGGCUCUGUUCAGCCAUCCCCCAUUCCGUAUGUUGAUCAACUUUGGGCUGGCGAGACUAGGGUGGACCGGUAUGAUGUACAGUCCGGUCAUCUGGGCAGCGAGCAAGCUGGGGAGUGCGGUAUUGGGAGGCUGGAGGUCAAGCCUGGGUGUACUGAAGAUGGGUGGAUGGGUGGUAGCAUUGCUGGAAAGGUUGAACUCUCCAGGCAUGCCGAUGCCGUUUGGUGAAUAUGGGUGGAUUCAUGCAUGAUUGGGGUGUAGUAGACGACAAAUGGAUGCUGAAGCCUCAUUUAUUGGGAACGUGGGAUGAAUGCAAGGUUACGACAGCAAGGAGGUGCUGAUUCUAGUUUUCAAGAUGGCCUUUAGUUGAGGAUUCGAAGUCGUUUAUCACAAAUUGGAACAUAGUAAAAACCUUGCUCGUCCCGAUAGCAUUCACUGGGGGUUGGUUCUAUCCAACCCUUUCCCAAUCCUCGAUUUCUAGAUUCUCUGUCUGUUUCACGUUGACAAUCA